GCUCCCAUCAGGAUGAGCACUGACUGAUGUUUCCUGCAGGAGCAGCUACAUGGGAGCUGAAGGUGAUUCAGCCUGAGAAAUCAGUUUCUGUCUUUGCUGGAGACUCAGCCACUCUGAACUGCACUGUGACCUCCCUGUUCCCUGUGGGACCCAUUCAGUGGUUCAGGGGUACAGGGCAGAGUCGGCACCUAAUAUAUAGUUUCACAGGAGAGAAGUUCCCCAGAGUCACAAAUGUUACAGAUCUUACAAAGAGAAACAACCUGGACUUUUCCAUCCGCAUCAGUAAUGCCACACCUGCUGACUCUGGUACCUACUACUGUGUGAAGAUCCAUAGAGCAGACUCUGACAAGGAGCUUCAGUCUGGGGGAGGCACAGUGCUGUAUGUGCUUG